ACAUGGGAUGGGAGCGGGGACAAGACAAAGCCGCCUAUUUAAAUAAUUCCCAUUUUCUUCUGAAACCCAAAACCUAAAUCUGACGGUCUGACCCCAAAUAAUUCCGAUUUUGGUAGGAAAUCCAAUCCCCAAAAUCUGACCCCAAAUAAUUCCGAUUUUGGCAGGAAAUCCAAUCCCCAAAAUCUGACCCCAAAUAAUUCCGAUUUUGGCAGGAAAUCCAAUCCCCAAAAUCUGACCCCAAAUAAUUCCGAUUUUGGCAGGAAAUCCAAUCCCCAAAAUCUGACCCCAAAUAAUUCCGAUUUUGGCAGGAAAUCCAAUCCCCAAAAUCUGACCCCAAAUAAUUCCGAUUUUGGCAGGAAAUCCAAUCCCCAAAAUCUGACCCCAAAUAAUUCCGAUUUUGGCAGGAAAUCCAAUCCCCAAAAUCUGACCCCAAAUAAUUCCGAUUUUGGCAGGAAAUCCAAUCCCCAAAAUCUGACCCCAAAUAAUUCCGAUUUUGGCAGGAAAUCCAAUCCCCAAAAUCUGACCCCAAAUAAUUCCGAUUUUGGCAGGAAAUCCAAUCCCCAAAAUCUGACCCCAAAUAAUUCCGAUUUUGGCAGGAAAUCCAAUCCCCAAAAUCUGACCCCAAAUAAUUCCGAUUUUGGUCAGGAAUCCAAUCCCUAAAUCUGAUUCUUCACCUUACCUCUUGAAAAAUAAAGUAAAAAUCUAAUCUUUUAAGCCAUCGUCGUCGCUACCACUCCAUCAGUACCAUAGCCGGGAACUCCCAGACGAAUUUCAUGAAGAAAAGAGUUCCCCCAACUUUUCCAUCUCUCCAAUUCAAGAAGUACGCGCUCUACAUGGGAAUGAAACACAGGCAAAGAAAAAAGAAAACCUUGGGAAAGAAAAGGAAACAUAAGGACGAGUACAACUUGGUGGACCGACUCACUGAGUCGCCAGAUGACGUUCUUGUUAGUAUAUUGUCUCUCUUGUCCCUAAAGGAAGCAGCUACUACUAGUAUCCUUUCCAGGCGAUGGCGAUAUGUGUGGGCAUCUACUAUGGCUCUCGACUUUGAUGCUAAAUUUUUUGAUGAUGAAGUUUAUAAAAAGUUCCGUCAACUCCAACCAGCACUAAGAGAACAGGAAAGCCUCAGAUACGUCAAUUGGGUAAAUCAUGUAGUGGAACAGCAUAGAGGCCCAUCCAUCGAACGAUUCAGGGUUUCCUUUGAUAUAGAUAGUCGUUUUACAAGUUCCAUUGACAAAUGGAUUCAAUUUGCAAUGAAUAAGAGAGUUCAAAUACUUGAGUUAGAAUUACAUCUAUGUGAUUUCUCCACUCGUAGCGGUGCUUAUUCAUUCCCCCACACACUAUUAGGUUUUGGGAAAGAGUCUGCCUAUCCAAGUCUGCACUCUUGCCAAUACAAUAUUGGAUUUGAGUUCCUCAAAGUUCUUCAUCUCCAAUUUGUUGAUGUGACUGGAGAAGUUCUUGAGCACUUCUUGUAUAACUGUCCAGUUCUUGAACGUUUGACAGUGUCUUGCGCUACCAAAAGUUUGGUUAAGUUAGGAGUUGUCGGUCCCUCAAUUGCAUUAAAGUAUUUAACUAUAAAAUGGUGUAAACUUGAAAGCAUUGAGAUUCGUGACGUAAAACUUGUUUCAUUUAUUUAUGAGGGAAAAGCAACCAACCUUCUCCUCAAUAAUGUACCAUUCCUUGUUGAGGUGUCCGUUUCUGAGAGGCUUGUUCGUAUUUUUUCGGAUGAGGUACACGUUUACCGCAAUGGUCCUUGUAGUUCAUGUAGUGUAGUGUUGAAUUUGCAUGUUUUCUUGGUGCAGUUGAAUUUUACAACACUUGCAGGAAUGGGACCAAUAAAGAGCGCAGGCGAAUGCCCCCAUCAUUACCUGAAGGUAUUAGAAAUUGUAGGGUAUCGUGCUCAUACAUGUGUUGUUCAACAUGUCAUGCACCUAAUAAAGAGUGCUGUUGCACUGGAGAAAAUUAUUGUCCAUCCUGUCCAGCGUUUGAAUGAAUCUUAUGUAAGAGUUAGGGAAGUUGAAAAGGUCGAAGAAGCGAAAGCAAGAGACCAUGCUAUGCAAUGCCUUCGAGAAAAAGUGCCUGCAACUAUUGAAUUUCUACAAAGGUUCAAGGACAGUUGUUUUGGCCAUUUGUUAGUAAUUGAGGACCUGAAGUGGACAACACAAAUUAUCCAUGGCUUGUUGUUGAGAAAGGCAGACCCGAGGACAGUUUCUCAAGUCAACGGGAUCAAAUUCAUCGUUGGCAACAAGGUCAUACAGUUCACAGCGCAGCAGUUUUGCGUCAUCACAGGGCUGCAGUUUGGAAAGCUUCCCUUCAUUCCGACUGCAACUAAUGACAACUGCUCAUUGAAGAAGAAGUAUUUCUGCAACAAUAAAACGGUCAGCCUUUCCGAACUCGAACAAGCCUUCAUCGACUGCAGUGAUGAGGAGGACGUCUUCAAGUUUGGGCUAUUAUAUUUCGCUGUUUUUGUGCUGUUGGGCAGUGAAAAGCAUGUCAACAUUGACAUGCGCUACUUGAAAUUGGCCGAAGAUGUUGAAGACUUCCAGAAGUAUCCGUGGGGUGCUGUGCGCAGAGUACCAGCGAGUCAAAGUGCCCCAGAAAGCCUUAAAAACCCAAAAAUCAGCAAAGCAAUCCAAGACAAUGGCAAGUGGUAG